AUCACUCUCGUGACGUCACUUCGAUAAUUGACUUCCUCGACCUCGACGCAACGCUACACGGACUGAAACGGCAUCAUGGCGGACGCAUCUCUCGACGAUAUUAUUAAGCAGAAGCGCAUGCAGAGGUUUAAAAUGAACAAUAACACACCUGGAAACCGUGUAAAUCAGAAGGAAGGAAUGAUAAAGAAAAAGGGUGGCAAGUUGUUCAAAGAUGUUCAGAAGGACUUGGGAAUAAAGACAAAGAAAAAUCUGUCUAUAAACACCGACGCCAGGAAUAGGAUCAUCCAAAAACAAAGGAUAAAGUUUAGGGAUGCCCGAGACCGAUUGGCACAAAUAGCCAAGCAGGGAGAUGCCAGAGAUAAGCUCAACCAAAUUCGCAAAGGCAAGCCUGGUGACAAGGUAAUUCCUCAACAGAAGAAGACAGUCGUGAAGAAGAAAAUUCUUAAUGUACCCAGACAAACAUUGAAUGUAGGACAAACCCGCAUGAAAGGUGCAGCUGUUAUCCGCACCGUGGCAGGUGCUAAAAGGAAGGGGGGAAGACCUGGUGUAGUAAGGAGAGCUGCUGUCGUAACCAAAGGAAAUAGACCUGGUGGACGUAUGCAGGCUCUUGCAAAUAAUCCUGGUGUUAUCACCAUCAAGAAUAACAAUAUGCGCCCAUACAAUACAUAUGAGGUUGUCAAUUACAGGCCAGAAGUACAGCUUGCUCCACGUGGACAGUCCUUUGCAGGAGGUAUGGGAGUACCGUCACCAAUGGAUACCAUGUUAACUGUGGGUCCUGAAACAAUUAUCAGGACUCGCCCAGCAGAACAAGUUGUCUAUGCCAGAGAGUAUGAACCUGAAGUUAGGCCCUCGAGACUUCGAAUCACAGCUGCUAACUCUGAUUACAGGGUUGGUGGUCAACAGUAUGCAGAUAAGUGGCAAGGGUCAGCAAUGCAGGGAAGAAAACGAGAGUAUUAUGAUGACACUGUUGAAUACCAAGUUUAUCCCAAGAAAAUUGCUACAGUUCAAGCACCAGUGGUUCAGGCAGAAUCUGGAACCAAGGUUGUGGUGUCUAAUUUGCACCCAUGUGUUAGUGUAGAAGAUAUGGAAGAGUUGCUUGGUACUGUCGGAUCUGUGUACAACGUUAGAAUGGUCAGGCAAGGAGUUGCAGAAGCUUUCUUUGUCAACCAAGAGGAUGCAUACAGGUCAGUUGAGUUAUUCAACAAUAGACAGUUGGAUGGGCAACCAAUGAAAGUUAUGGUAGUCAGAAAGAAAGCCCAGGUGGUGACUACAGCUCCAGCAAGGUCUGUCUUGAGAAAUGCUAGGGGCCGCACCAGUUACUAUGUACAAUAAGGACAUGGAGAUUGCAACAAGAUAUAGAGUCUUAGGUAAUUGUGUACCUUCAUAGCAAAGUUCUGUAAUUUUAAUUUCUCUGAAAGUUUUAAUUUUUUUUUAUGACAUUCAAAACCGAUUGUAACGUUCAUGUUCAUUGGCAUUUGCCUUGAAAAGUUGUACUUUGUGUUUGUGCAUUUAAAAAUAUAGGAUUUUGUGAAAAAAAAAAAAAAAAUCACAAUUUAGAGCCAAUUUUAUUGAGAGCUAUAGAAGUACCUGUCAUUACAAGCAUUUGGAUUUAGUCAUUUCCAUAAUUUUUUAAGUUUUUAUAAAAUUUGGAACUUUUCCCUUCCUAAGAUAGGACCCAGUUUAUAAUGUAGCAAUGAUGGCAAAAGUGUAUCCUUGUGUAGAAACCAGUUUAAUUAGAAUAUCACUUACUAUUAGUGUCUUGUAGAGAACUUGUAAACUUUAAUCAUUUAAGAUGUAUUCUCCAUUAUUGCUGAGUCAUGGAUGCUUGUAUUGUACCAUUUCAAGUGAAUGAACUUUUAAUAAAUGGUCCUAGGUCUA